GACCCCGUAGCUGAUGCGCCGUCGUUCAUCCCGCUCGAGGCGAACCCGGAGCUAAUGACGACGCUGCUGCGCACGCUGGGCCUGUCGCCGGCGCUGGCCGUGCACGAUGUGUACAGCCUAACCGAGCCGGAGCUGCUCGCAUUCGUGCCGCGGCCCGCGCUCGCCCUGCUCCUCGUGUUCCCCGUGUCAGCGACCUACGAGUCGCACCGCCUAGCCGAGGACGCCCUGACGCAACCCUACGCCGGCUCCGGGCCGGAUGAGCCGGUGCUGUGGUUUCAGCAGACGAUCCGCAACGCGUGCGGCGUCAUGGGACUGCUGCACGCGGCGGCCAACGGGCCUGCCCGGGGGUUUGUCGAGCCCAACUCGACGCUCGGCCGCCUGCUGGCUGCCGCCGAGCCGCUCGCGCCCGACGCGCGCGCGCGUCUGCUCGAGGCCAGCUCCGAGCUCGCCGCCGCCCACCGCAGCGCCGCCACGCAGGGCGACACGCCCGCGCCCGGCGCCCAGGACGAUGUGGAUCUGCACUACGUCUGCUUUGUCAAGACGGACACCAAGGAAGGGGGGGAGCUGUGGGAGCUUGAUGGCAGGCGCAAGGGUCCUAUUAACCGCGGCCCGCUGGACAAAGACGAGGAUGUUUUGAGCGAGAAGGCGCUCGCGCUCGGCCCGCUCAAGUUCCUCGAGCGCGAGGGUGCGGAUCUAAGGUUCAGCUGUGUGGCGCUGGCGGGGAGCUUGGAGUAA